AUGCCCUCCGAACCUGUCGACGUUCUCAUCAUCGGCGGCGGCCCUGCAGGACUGACGGCAGCCCUGACGCUGGCCCGCCAGCUUCACACGGCCAUUCUCUUCGACUCGGGCAGCUAUCGCAACGGGGCUGCGUCGCAGAUGCACAUGAUCCCUACCUGGGACAACAAGAGCCCUGCCGACUUCAAGGCCGCCGCCCGGAAGGAGAUCCUCUCCAACUACUCCACCAUCCAGAUCGAGGAGGUCGAAAUCGCCAAGGCAGAGAAGAUCAACGACAGCCUCUUUCAGCUGCUCGACGCAAAUGGCAAGACCUGGCAGGGCAAGAAAUUGAUUCUCGCCACCGGGUCGGCAGAUGUCUACCCCGAUAUUCCAGGCUAUACAGACUGCUGGACGAAGCGCAUUUUUCACUGCCUGUUCUGCCACGGUUACGAAGACCGUGGCAGCUCCAGCGCCGGCGUCCUCGCUGUCCAUUCUGCUGCCUAUGCCCCUCUCGCCAUCCAUUUUGCUGAGAAUGCCGCCCAGUUGAGCUCCCAGGUGACCAUCUAUACCAACGGUUCCCAGGAACUCGGCUCCCAGCUCGAAGCUGCCUUAGGUGCCGGCGAGAAAAAGUUCAAAGUGGACAACCGUGCGAUCUCGCGCCUCAGCCUCGUCGAGACGGGCGAAGAGCCGACGGCGAUCAAGCUCGAGUUCGCGGACGGCACCACCACGACCGAAACGUUCCUCGUGCACAACCCCCUCACCCAGGUCAAGGGACCCUUUGCCAGCCAGCUGGGUGUGGAAUUUUCCCCCAGUCCGAUUCCGGGGACGGGCGAUAUUGCCGCGAACCCGCCCUUCCACCAGACCAGCGUGCGUGGUGUCUUUGCUGCUGGCGACUGUAUCACUCCGUACAAGGUCAUCGCCGGUGCUAUCUCGAGCGGAUGCAAUGCUGCCGUUGCGGCUUCUGCGCAGCUGUUGGCGGAAAAUGGUGGUGAACUGAUGCUGAACAUGGAAUCAUUGACGAGGGAAUGCCCAGAGCUACAGACAUGGCUAUACUUGAAAGUCAGUGAACAGUCGCUUCAGCAAGUAAGGUUGAUUAUUCUACGUCGCAUAGGACUGCAUAGAAGACUGCCAGAGAGCUUCAAGACCGCAAACAACAUUCUUUCCCACAUGAAACGGUUCGACUGA